CCUCUUCUGCACCUCCUCGCUGUUGUUCACUUGUCGUCCUCCUCAACGCGAGCUUCUCCUCCUCUUGCGCGCAUGCACGCGCGAGGGAGUGAACAGGUGAGGGAGCAGGUGCGCGCGCGCCCUCGCGCGCGAGCGAGCGUGGGCGCGCACACCGUGCACGCUCCGUCGCGAACUUGAGAAGGAGGCAGCGACAAACGACGCCUCACCGCUGCGCUCGCUUGCAAUGGAUUACAUUUGUUUCAGAGUUUCUCAUGGGAGAGGGGGACUCCCCAAAAAUAUAGUUUUCAUUUUGCUCUACACUGUGAUAUAUUUAAGAUGAAUUAAAAACGUUUAAUUCAACUAUAUGACCUGGCUGACUUUCAGGAAACACUUCAAUGAGCGAGUAAAACGUUCAUUUAUUCCGAUGAAUGUUUCACGCUAAACAACCGUGAUAAUAAUAAUAAUGUAAAUUAUAAUGAUAAAUCAUCCUCAUCAAAAUCGCCACAAUUAUUAUUGUUGGAACAGUUGUUAACAGUAACAAAUAUAAUGUUUUCCCGAGUCUAAUUACGAAUAAUAUAUUGAAACAUAAAACAGAUUUAAUUAAAUAGAAUAUAGAUGUUUAUUUAUAUUGUUAGAUAUGUAGAGACAGUUAUUCAUGCACUUAUAUUACUGCAACUGCAAUGCGAUGAUGGGCCGCAGUGUACAAGAUAGAAUAACUUUUUGGUCAAGCCAAUUAUCAAGUAUUGAAACAGGAAAAAAAGAACAUGAUGAUAGCAUUACAAGUAUCGAAAGAAUUUAAAAUACUUGGCGUCAGUUUUGGGACUUGCAUGCAAGAAAAUCCAAUAACGGGCAAAAUAAAAAGAAAAAAGAAAAGUCGUGCAGAAUUAAUUGGAAGGAAAUUCAGAAACGGCUCUAAAUUAUACUUGAUUAUUGUACUAUAUUCUGCACUAAAUACAUUUAUCGAACGUUUAAUAAUAAAAUGUGAUUUUUAAAAAAUGCAAACUAAUCUUGACUGGCCUAUUGGAAAAAUUCAAAUUAAUGAAAAAUCUUUUGUGUUACAGACACACACACUUACACACAAAACAGACGACUUACCUCCCAGAGGAUGACAGAAGCAUUAUCAUCGCUAAUUAGAGGAACUAUGAAUAUCUAAUCCCACCCUGAUAAGUAAAUAAAAGUCACCGCAGUGAUAUGAGAGCAUAAAAAUGAUGCUUUUGGAAAUGGUGAUCUUUGUGGGAAGUCCCAAUUCACAUUUCUUAACACUUGAUAUCUUAUGGCGGGGGUGGGGGCUGAAAGAAGAAGAAGGGAAAAAAGACAAAUGAAAACAAGAAGACGAACUCAGGUGGACACAGUUGAAAAAAGGAAGGCAGCCAAUGAGAAGCCCCCCCUUCGGCCAAUGAAUGACAGGCGCCACAUUGUUGUCAACUUGCAGGAAUGAAAACGAGGGCGUAACAAUCGUGAGGGGAGAGAGUGCUCUGUAGCUACUGACGAUCUCUGGAGGAAGUUAUAGUGUGUGUCGCGCGCGCGCGGACGCGUCGCUCCUUUUUUUUUUUUUUGGGGUGGGGGAUUUGAAACAUUAUCACUCGGUCGAUGAACUAGAAGCGCUGCCCGCAUUUUGGCCUUUUCUCCAUUUUGGUGCGCGUGGUCCCGAGCCUUCAGCCAGAAUGGAUCUCAGACCGGAGAUGCAGCCCGCCGCCGCCGCCGCCGCCGCCGCCGCCGCCUCCUCCUCCGCGGCCUCCGCCUCUCAGGUGCACGCCGGAGCGGUGGCGGCCGUGGCCUCCAUCCCGGUGUCCAUGGCGGGCGGCCUCCUGCGCGGGCCCCCGCUCCUGCUGCGCGCCGCCGACAAGUACCCGCGCACGCCCAAGUGCGCCCGGUGCCGCAACCACGGCGUGGUGUCGGCGCUCAAGGGCCACAAGCGCUACUGCCGCUGGAAGGACUGCAUGUGCGCCAAGUGCACGCUGAUCGCCGAGCGCCAGCGCGUCAUGGCGGCGCAGGUGGCGCUCCGGAGGCAGCAGGCGCAGGAGGAGAACGAAGCCCGGGAGCUGCAGCUGCUCUACGGCACCGCCGAGGGGCUGGCCCUGGCGGCGGCCAACGGGAUCAUCCCGCCGCGGCCCGGCUACGAGGUCUUCGCGUCGGUGCAGGGCGGCGACACGUGCGCCAGUUCCGCAGAUUCGAGCGCCCAGAAGUUGGACUUGUUCCCCAAGGCCCAAGCGUCCGGCCCCCCCACCCCGCAGCAGGCCGGCGGCAAGCAGACGCCCGCCGAGAGCGACUCCGCCCCGGGCAUCUCGUCCCCGGAAGGCCGCCACGGAGGAGGCUCCGGCUCCGAGAACGGAGACGGCGAGCUGUACGGCCACUCGCCGGGGGGCAAGCCGCCGAAAGACGGCGGGGACACUCCCAGGUCCGUCAGCUCCCUCGGCUCGGACUCCGGUUCCGAGACCGACAAGGACGAGCUGCAGGAGCCGUCCCCGUCGCCGUCCUCCGCGGCCUCCAGGCACAUGCACGCCAUCGAUAUCCUCACCCGGGUGUUCCCCACCCACAAGCGCAGCGUGCUGGAGCUGGUCCUGCAGGGCUGCGGCAAGGACGUGGUCCAGGCCAUCGAGCAGAUCCUCAACAACCCGGCCCAGGGCGCCCACCACAAGGGCGCCUCCGAGGAGGCCUGGAGCGGUGACAGGGGUCUGCAAAGCUCGCAGCUGCCCCCUUCCACCUCGUCGUCCUCCGCCCCGGCCCCGACUCGACCCAUGCUGCCCGGCGCCAUGACGCUCAGCAACCGCUCGGCCUUCUCGCCCCUGCAGCCCAACGCGCCCCACUUCGGGGCCGAGCCGAGCGCCUACCCGCUGGGGACCCACCUGGGACUCAACCCGCUGCGGUUGGCCUACUCGGCGCACAGUCGGGGUCUGGCCUUCAUGACGCCCUACUCCACCGCCGGCCUGGUGCCCACCCUGGGCUUCAGACCCCCGAUGGACUACGCCUUCAGCGACCUCAUCCGGGACAGGACGAUGUUGCACAAGGAGCAGGGCUACGCCGGGGGGCUCUACGGGCCUCUGGUCAACAACACGCCGGACAAACAGUGACCGGAAGCGGUCCUGAAAAAAAAAAAUAAAAUAAUCCCAUCAGCCUGUGUUUCUCCGUGGUUUGUAGUCGUUAUGUUACCGCCAUUUUUUUCCUUCCACCAAGUACCACCUAAAAAUAUUUUCAUCUCCAGGAAACGCCAAAAUACAGUAGCGUAAUCAGCCCAAGUGUUCACGAAAACCGAGGCUGCGGUUUUAUUCCCGAAAUGUAAAUUUCACAUGACUGCAAGUCACUAAAAACAACCUGAACAGUUUCAGCGUCAAUAUUGUGUUGAAUACAGAAAAAAACUGCUAUUAACAUUCAAUUGAAAUUGUAUCUGCAAUUAUGUUUGAACAUAAACGGUUCUCAAAUGUCAUUUAGUACUUCAAAGUGAACUGCAUGUCAAUUGUAAUU